CGUGUUUAAAACAGAGGCGCGAUGUCUGUCUUCAACGCAUUGUUCUGUUGCACACAUUUCCGUGAACAUCAAGAUGAACGCAACAGAGAGCAGUAAUAAAGUAACAUCUUCUGUAGGUCUGUUAAUCACCAAACCUGAUGCCAGGCCAAUAAGAAACAACUCACCCAGAACAGUGUCUCGGCCUGACUGGAUACUCUACUCAGUUCCUGCCUCAGCGUUUGUUAUUGGCAUCUUUGUGUUCACCUUUAUCUGCAAAACACAACGACCCAAAACACAUGCAAAGCAGAGGACCUUCAUAAAUGCACAAGUGGGCAACUAUAAUAGCUUUAGGCAUUCAACAGAUGGUUUGCAGAACAUAAAUAUUAACAAGAAAGAUGACGCACAGUCUUAUGAGAAUGUAGAGGCGGCCAUAUACACCAAUCAAGAUAAAGUCACAUAUUAUGUUUCUGCAGACCAAGAUUACAUCACCCCCGAUGAAAUGAAGGAGGGAGUGGAGACGCAUCAGGAUACCUUACAAUUGCCUCAAAAUCUAACAGAUACUGACGGAGAGUCUUAUGAGAACAUGGCGAGCUUGUACGCUGAACCCCGCAAAUGUUCACAGCGGCACCCAACUGAACAAGAAGAGGACUACAUCAAUCCUGAUGAUGAUGGACACCAGAACCUCACUCAUACAGACACAGAAUCAUAUGAAAUGAUGGCGGAUCCAACCUGUCAGUAUGACAACACAGACGAUUCAUAUGAACAGAUGAAUGGAAUCCCUUUCCAGUAAGAGAUGGACUGAUGAAAAUAAACGAUACUGAAAUGAAAUAUACUCUGAGUUGGACACAGUAUUUUGUAUCUGAUUAUUUGAGAGAGUGAAAAAGAGAGAUUGAUAUUAAGUGUGAGGGCCAGAAAGAGAGACUCUAAAGUCAUAUUGUGCCUUAUUCAUAUGUGAACUUUAGAGAACAUCAAGAAUGUGUUAGAUUAAUCUCACUGAACCUGAAGCAGGUUUCUGUUGAUAACUAACACCAUGUGGGUGGGGAAAACCAGUUCAGGUAUAAAUAAUUAUAUCCUAACCCACUUGUUACUAUCCUGCCAUACAUUAUGAAAAUUCUGCCACCAUUAUGGAUUUUUUUCUCAAAUUUGUGCAAUAUGAUUGGUGAAAAAUGUUUACUGUUUUAAAGUGUAGAUAAAAGGGUUGUCUUGUUUUUCAGUACAAGUACCUAAAAAUUCUUCAACCGAGAUACGUUUACUUGCAAAAUGACCUAAGAUAUUAAGGCUUAAAAUAGGUAAAAAUAUCUGCCAGUGAGAUAAGAAAAAAAACGUAACAAUAAGGUUUGCUAACAUUUGCUAACAUGUAAAUUAAAAAUACGUCUAGAGCAUUUAUUAAUCUUAGUUCAGGUUAAUUUUAGCAUUAAUAAUACAUUAAUAAAAUUAAAAGGUGUAACUGUUAACAUGCACCAUGAACUAACAUGUAUGCAUAACUGUAUUUGCAUUAACAAAUACUAACAUAUGUUAGUACACACAGCUGUCACUGUACCUUUUAGAAAGGUCCUUAAACAUAAUUACAUAUACAUUUUGAACCAGUAUGCACCUUUAAGAUACUAUUUUUGAAAGGGUUCAGUCCCAAUUACAGCUGGGGUACAUAUUUUGACAAUUUUUUCUUACAGUGAAUCCUAAAAAACUAUAUUGAUCAUUGUUAGUUCAUGUUAGCUAUAAGACAAUGUUAGCAAAUAUAACCGUAUUGUAAAGUGUUACCAAUAAAUUCAACUUCAAUAAACUUAAAUUUUAUUUUUCUUACCCCUCUGGAAGAUACUUUUAGUUGUUUUGGGCAUAAAUUCACUUGAUUUUCUUUUUUUUUCAGGAAACAAGACUUAAUAUUUUGGGUCAUUUUGCCAAUCUUAAUAAUGCAUAUCGAUUAAAGAAUAUUUAGUAUUUCUACUAAAAUACUAAUAUACUGACAUUAAUUUCUUGCAGUGUAGUUUUAAAGGGAUAGGCACCAAAAUAAUGUACAUUUUUGUCAUCAUUUACUCACCCUUAUGUUAUUCCAAACUUGUACACAUGUUCUUUGUUCUGCAAAACACAAAUGAAGAUAUUUAGAAAAAUGUUAAUAACCAAACAGAUCUGGGGCACCAUUCAUUUCCAUGGUAUUAUUUUUUUCCUACUAUGGAAGUAAGUAAAUAUCUUCAUUUGUAAUCAGCAGAAUAAAGAACAUGUAUACAAGUUUGGAACAACAUAAGGGUGAGUAAAUGAUGACAAAAAUCUUUUUUUUUUGUGCCUAUUCCUUUAAGGGUUGUGACUGGCAGCUGUGUAGCCAAAGAUGAUAUAUUUUAUACACAACUAUAUUUUUAAGUCUCAUUAAAAAUUUGUCACACUGCAAAUAAUUACAAUAAAACAUUCAUCACAAUUGUUUUUAGCGUCAAUGCAAAUUUCAACAAACUGGCUUAUUAUGUGAUUUACUUCAUCUAAAACUUUGUUUCACUUAGUCUUGGUUAAUUUUUAUACGUGGAGAUUCAAAGUCAUUAUUAUAAUACAUAGAUUAUUUUUACUUGACAAUGUCAUGUCACGCCACAGGACUAUUUAACCAAUCUGAAAGAAAGCGAAGUGAAAGAAAAAAAAAAAAGAAACAUUAACUGAUUACAUAAUCAUGCAUUUAAAGGGGACAUACCAUGAAAAUCUGACUUUUUCCAUGUUUAAGUGCUAUAAUUUGGUCCGCAGUGUUUUUAUCAACCUAGAAAAUGUGAAAAAGAUCAACCCAGUAACUUAGUUUUGGUAAACCA